AUGAGACCUCAUCGGAGACAAGAUGCUUCACAGAAGCUGAAGCGGCUCAAAGAGCUCUUCCGACCCAGUGGGAGACGCCAGCAGCCUCAAACUCCCGGGCCUUCAGAAGACGGCAUGAAUCCGCUGACACCCUCGAGGACCUUGACUUUUUCAAGCUAUUUGGAUGGAGCGAACGAGGAAAAGGACCGGCGUCUUCAGGCAGGGAAGGAUCUUUACCAAGCCGUGACAGAGAAUGACCUGGACAAAGUUAUUGAGCUCUAUCAAAACCAUGCCUCUCUUCACCCACGAGAUCACAGAGAGCGAACUCCCCUCCACGCAGCUGCCGAGUUGGGCCAAAACGAUAUAUUGCGCUUUCUCCUGGAACAGAAAGGGCUAGACUUGGAUGCUGCGGACGUUCACGGAUACACGGCGCUACAUCUAGCGGCCAUCAAUGACCACUCCGACUGUGUGUUUUGGCUUCUGGAGAGGGGAGCUAACACCGAGCUUGUCGACGGAAGUGGCCACUUGCCAAACUUCUACGCGUCCUCGCCUGAAACAGAACGGCAGUUCAAGAACCCUCCAAUCGUCCAUGCAGGCCAUCAGCAUGCCGCCGUGAAUCAUUUGACGAUCAACGACGCAUACUUGACGCAACCGCCCGAUAAGGUUGAGGGCCCCAGACGAUCUGUCUGUGAAUACUUCCAGGGCAGCUUUUGGGAACCCAACAUCUCUACAAAGUGGCGGCUACUUCCGAUCUGGGAUCUGGCCUACGAGCCCAAGGAUGAUAUGUUUUUGCGAUUUGAUAUGGCCAGGAGACAAGACGUGCCCAAGAAAAAAUGGAUACAUAUACCAGUUGCUAGCAAGGAACUGCUCCUGGAUCUCACCAAGACCAUCUACGCAGCUUCAGGACAUGACCUCCACAUGUACAAGGCCAUCGAGAAGCUCAUCAACGACAUGUUCAAGCAAGUUGAUAUUACAGGAGCGGAGGGAAAGGUACACUUCAAGUUGACGAACCUGAAGCACGGGCAUAAAUCUGGUUUCGACAACCAAGAACGCUCGCAGGACAGCAUAUAUGCCGCGGUGUUCCCGAUUAUUGAUGUGGAUAAGAAGGACUAUGUGUCUUUGGCGAGAAUGGCUCGCGAACAAGCGGCAAAUCAUUCCACGCCAAGGCAAGAAACCAAGUUGCAUGUCAAUGAGCGGGCGGCCCUUCACUUUCGAAACAUGCUCAAAGCAGAUUUUCUAGGCCAACACUACCGCGCUGCUUGGACCAGUCGUAUCAUGAGGAUUUAG